AACAAGUCAUCUACUUUCAUUUUGAACGCAGAAACAACAAUGUCUGGUCGAGGAAAGGGAGGUAAAGGACUCGGAAAGGGUGGUGCUAAGCGCCAUCGUAAAGUUCUUCGUGACAACAUCCAGGGUAUUACCAAGCCGGCCAUUCGUCGUCUUGCCCGCCGAGGUGGUGUCAAGCGUAUCUCCGGCCUCAUCUAUGAAGAAACUCGUGGUGUGCUGAAGGUGUUUCUGGAGAACGUUAUUCGCGACGCUGUUACCUACACCGAACACGCCAAGAGAAAGACCGUCACCGCCAUGGAUGUCGUGUACGCUCUCAAGCGCCAGGGCCGCACUCUGUACGGUUUCGGCGGCUAAGCGUGAAAGCAACAGCGAGUGAACCUACAAACCCAAAGGCUCUUUUCAGAGCCACCCAC